CCUACUUGUGAUCUCUGUCUGUCAAAUAAAUAAAAAUCUUUAAAAAAAAUCACUGUUAAGUGUUUGCAUUAACAUUAUAUGAGUGAGGACCUUACUACAACCACGCUGAUCUUCUUCCAUAGUAUUUGUAACUUGGGAUCAUUAGGCAAUUUUUAUUUUCUUGGGUUUCUUCUAUGUUUCUAUUGGUAAUUUCACCCCAGUUGCUCUGUUUCCUAUUACAACUGCUCUGUAAAAAAUGACCACAAAUUUAGUGGCUUAAAACAACACCAAUUUAUUCUCCUAUAGUUCUGAGGUCAGAUGUCUGAAAUGGGUCUCCCUGUGCUAAAAUCAAGGUGUUGACGGGACUUGGUUCCUUCUGGAGGCUUCAGCGGAGAAUCAUUUCCUUGCCUUAUCCAGCUUCCAGAGGUGCCCACAUUCCUUGGCUUGUGGCUCUUCCUUGAUCACUCUACCUUCUCUUCCAUCAUCACAUUUUCUUCUCUGACUCUGACUCUCCCUCUUAUGAGGAGGUUUGUGAUGACCUUGGGCCCACACAGAUAAUCUGGGGUCAUCUCCCUUCUCAAGAUCCUCAGCUUAAUCACAGCUUUAAGUCUUCUUUUUGCAUGUAAGGUGACUAUUCACAGGUUCCAGGGAUGGGUGCUUGGACAGGUUUGCGGGAUGGCCGACCCCCUGGCCUACUACGUGCUCUAACAGAUCUGCCAGAGGCCUGUCCGUAGUAUCCAACAAUCCACCAGUUCCAAGUCCUGAGUCUUUGGGGGCCUUCAGUGUGGGAAUUAGCCCCUUCUAGUUUGUGCCCACGUUGCAGGCUUGUAGGCUUCAGCUUCCAAUGGUGUGCCAAGGAAUAUGUGAGGGAGUUACUGUAUCAAACUUGCAUGGACAACCCUUGUACAGUUCUGUUUCCUCUCCCACUCUCCCUGUUCUAGUUGAAUGAAAGCUCUUUUCGUCCUUGAAUUCGGAAGAAAGCCAGUCCUUCCUUCUACCUGUCCCCUUUGCUCUCACACGGCUACCACACUCACGGCACUUAUGACACCGGAUGUCUGUGGGUUUUCCCCCACCCAGCAACACCAGCUGGGAGUCCUAUAGUUUCCCUCGAUUCUGACGCUCUCCAGCUGGAGGUAGCUCUAGAUCCGACAGGUAAGGACUCAGUCCACCGAGACCGCGCCCCUUGCCCUGCCCCGGCUGCCAGAGAUGCCGAUCGCAGACUGUGCUGUUGCUGCCUCCUGGGCUUUGGACCAUCAGCUACAAACCAGAGGUUCCCAUGACCCCAUCCUUAGGUUCAAAUAAUUUGCUGCAACAGCUCACAGAACUCAGGAAAACAGUUACUUGGAUUUACUGGUUUAUUAAAGGAUAAGCUGAAGGACGCAGAUGGACAACGCAUGAAUCAAACAAGCAGUGGGGGCUGGGAGGGUCCCAAGUGCAGGAGUGUCCAUCAUCACGGAGUCUGGGUGAGUCACCCUCCCGGUGUGGACGUGUUUGCCAACCCGGAAGCUCACCGCACCCCCUGCCGCUGGGAGUUUCAGGGAGGUUUCCUCAUGCAAGAGCCUCCUGAUCUAGCAGCCAAGAGUCCCUCUGACCUCCUGCCAUGUACCCCAACCCUCUCAUCUACUGCACCUGCUGGGACCCCUGGAACCUGGGACCACGGAAGCUAAUCAAGACCCCUCGGCCACCAACCAAGACCUCCAUAGGGAAACCCAAGCUAGCUCCUCUUCCUCCAGCUGCAAAAACACAAAGUUAUGUUCAACCAACAACAAAACCUUUUGUUGGCCCGAAAGUGACAGACCAUUUAGGAAAACAAGAGGAGAGCACUGCAUUACCUACUGAAGUGAUAAAUGUGUCACCUGGCUAUCGCCUCAUUCGAAAUAGGGAGCAGAUUUCUGUCACCUUGGGAGAUGAAAUGUUCGAGAAGAAAAAGCAGCUGAAAUCAGAGAUCAUGGACAAAAUCAAAAUUUCCAGGGCUGAUAUCAUUACCGACCUAGAAGAGCAGAUCUCAGAGCUGACCGUGAUCAUUGAGCAAAUGAACAGAGACCAUCAGUCUGCCCAGAAACUGCUCUCGGAUGAAAUGGCUCUCCGCUGCGCGGAGAUGAAGGAGAACUUCGAAAACAAGAACAGGGAACUCAAAGAAGCUCACGCAGCAGAGCUCAGUCAAUUGGAGAACAGCUACAAAGCAUCGUUGAAGGCAGAGAAGCUGGCUGCCCAGGAAAAACUAGAUGAGAUGGGAAAGGAAUAUAAGUAUUUGAAGAAUAUGUUUCAUAUGUACCAGGACAGCAUCUAUGAUGAAAUGGAGGACAGGUGGUCAAAGAAGAAGGCGGACUGGGAGAGGGAAGAGAAGUUGGAGCGGGAAAAGAUCCUGCUACAGCAGAAACAUAAAAUGACAAAAAAGUUUGAGUUAGAGUCAAUAGAAGAAAAGAAGAAAAUAAAUGACUCCUACAGUGCUGUCUUUGAGAACUUCAUUCGAGAGAAGGAGGAGCUGUUGAAACAGCAUGAAAAUGACACCUUACAAUUAGCGGAGCUGAGAAAGACCAAACAGGUCAUGGAGGAAGAGUUGAAUACACAAGCUGUUAUCCUGGAAACACUUAACACAACCCUCUACCAAACCCAGAUGGAACUUCAGAAAGAGAAAGCCACAGUGGGAAAUCUGGAGAAAAUGUUCCAGAUCAAGCUUGCCGAAGCUGAAGAAAAGUUUAAAUAUACCAUACAGCUUCUGACAGAAGAGAACAUUCAUCUAAGGCAAAAAAUAAUUGCCAAGAAUGAAGAAAUUUAUGAAGAACGAUGUGGGAGGUCUACCUCUAUUUAUGAGAAUGAUUCUGACAUUUUAGAAGAUGACAGCAAUGAAAAACAAGAAUUAUGAGCCCAAAAGUUGCUCUCCCAUACAAAAGAUGGCAGGAACACUGACUCUCUAGGCUUAGAGAACUCUGGUGAGGUUUUCUGGAAAAAGUGUAUUAUGAGUUUAGUUGCUGGAUUGCCUUGGUUCUACUUUUGUCUUUUCACAAUCUGCUUUCUUCUAAGUGAUUGGGAAUGUUUGAAUUCUCAUCUCAAUUAUACAGAUUUUCAAGACUCUUCAUUGAAAGGUGAUGUUCUCUAUAUCUGGAUCGCUCUUUCUCUGGGCAAGGUACUAUUUUCUCUUCCAUAUUUCUGGAUUUCAUUACAAAAACACUGAGCUGAAGAAAUUCCUAUUAAAUAUUGACUACAUUUUGAAGUUUAGCUUUUGUCCCCCUGGGGCACUUUGCUAACAAGAAUAAUUAACUGAUUCAAUUCCAAAAAUCUUUUCUCUUACGUGUGUCUCCACUGCUCCAUUUCUCAGUCAUCUUUCCUGUAACUAUGAUUUGGGAAAAGUUUCUGAUGAUUGUUGCCACCUUCUCUAAAUAAUUCAAAUCCCCACAGGGCAAGCAACAUAAAUAAGAGAAGUGGACUGGACAUAAGGAAAAAUAAUCACAAAAACAACCACAGUGGUAAAUGGUAAUUGGCAGGAGCCGAAUGUAGGGGAUGGGAAGGAGGGGAUGGGGGGUGAACCCAUCUUCUUGUGUGGCAGCACUGGAAUGGUCGAUGUGGUCAGAUAUUCUGAUUUUUAAAAAAAAAAAAAAAAGGUAUUGUGGUUUUUAUGUGACACCGUCCCAAUUUUUACAUAUGGGCAACACAUUUUUUAAGAAAAUACAACCGUGUGAGCCAACAUCAGGAGGCUAAAGUGAAACAUACCUGUGAUCCCAAUGUUUUCCACCUGUGAGAUGCCAAUGGCAAACAACAGAAACAAAAAUGAACAAACCAAUCUAUAGCCAACAGUAAGUUAAAUUCUAUUUUACUCU